CCACCUCCGUCGGCAGCGUGUGUGAGAUCAGGAAUAUCUGCCGUUUUUUUUUUCCUGCCACCCACACACACACACACACACACACACGCACACACACGCACACACGCACUCCCGUUAUCCGGCGCUGAAGGCGGAGGUUCGUCUUUACCUGUCGGGUUCGCUCACCUGAGAGGACUCACCUGUUCCGACGCCGAGAAGACUUUUCUUUACUUAUCGGCUCAACGAGAGGACGCGGAGCAGGUUUACAACGAGGCGCGCGAGGGGACGCAGGGAAAUAAAACACUCCACAUCUUGCGAAACGAGCGGAGGAGCGAGGAGGAAGGAGAAAAGGGGGGACAGACUCCUUCCAUUUUUCGUCCCACUUCGGAGCUUUCCGCUCCUGUAACUUUUCUUUGGAAAUUACCGGCGUCGUCGCAACUGCGUCGGAGGAACGGGCGCACAAUCAAACAUGCCGAGGGCCUUUUUGGUGAAGAAGACGAAUGCGUCGCCGGGAAAGCGGAACUGGAGCGAGCUCCCCGAUCACGAGCGAGGGGACGUCUACAUCCCAGUCUCCAUCUUCCCGUCGUUGGUGCUGAUGGAGGCUGAAGCCAGCCCCGCGGAGGCCGCUCCGCUCUGCCUCACCAAGCACAGCGCGUCCGAGGCCCAGACGCACGCCGAGCUGCCGUCCAGCACGGCGCUGGGCCGGCCGCACGGCCCGGCGGCGGCGGCGCCGGCGCCCGAGGGCAGGUCGGACGUCAGGAGGAGGUCGCAGGGCGGCGCCACGUACUUCAGAUCCAAAAUGAAGGUGACUACAGGCGAGCCGCCCUCCGCUCCUGCCCCUCCGCCUCCCUCUCUCCGCUCUGUCUCCCCCCCCUCCCCGGCCCCUCCAUCCCCGACCCCCCACGCCGCCCUGAUGCCAGCGCCUCUGCCGUCGCCCCCUCCCCCCGCGGAGGCGGUCUCCACGAUGAGCAGGUCCCCGGGGCAGAGCCAGAGCCCGCCGCUGGGGACGGCCGGAGGCUUUGUGUGUCAGGUGUGUCAGAAGACGUUCCAGUACCAGCGCAUGUUGAACAGACACGUCAAGUGUCACAGCGAUACCAAGAGGCACCUGUGCAGCUUCUGCGGCAAAGGCUUCAACGACACCUUCGACCUCAAGCGACACGUCCGCACGCACACAGGAGUGCGUCCGUACAAGUGCACCCUCUGUGACAAGGCCUUCACCCAGCGCUGCUCGCUGGAGUCCCACAUGAAGAAGAUCCACAGCAUCACGCUGAAGUACGCCUACAAGGAGCGCCGCAACAAGCUGUACGUGUGCGAGGAGUGCGGCCACACGGCGGGAGCCCAGGACGAGCUGCUGCUGCACCUGCACGCGCUCCACCCCGACAGCCCCCUGCUGAAGGGCAAGGCCGCGAGGCGGGCGGGCGGCAGGGAGCGGGAGGAGGGGGAGCGGGAGGAGGGCUCGGCGCCGGGCUCCCCCCUGGGAGGCGACAGCGACGACACCACGGGGUCAGCGGGACAGUAGACGAGGAGCUGGAGGCAGGAGGGAUGGAGGCGUGCACACGUGGGACUGUAACGAUAGAGGAAGGAUGAGUCAGAUUACAGUGUAAAGUACUUCAUGUAGAUAGGUACAUAUUUAUGAAUGGAUGAGGGUGUGUGUGUGUGUGUGUGUAUAAUAAAGUGCUGUACAGGAAACAAGGCACCCAAGAAGUUCCUGACUUUAAUAAUAUAUAUUUUUUAUUGGGACUGAGCUCGUUAUCCUGCAUAUACCUGCAUGUUUCUGCUUUUAUGUUGCUUAUGAAUGUUACCUCUGGGCUUUUUGUACAGUGCAAACAUCAGAUGCUUCACUUAUUCAUUAAAGGGAGUAAUAUAUUUCA